AUGUUCCGUCCGGAUUACUGGGGCGACGACCCCAUGGAGGGCGUUUACGGCUCGUCUAUGCUUCGUUCUGGUGCCGCGACGCGCCGUUUCGACGAAUACUAUCGCUGCUACCCCGUCGUGAUGAUGCCCGGCCCCGAACGAGAGAAUGUCAACCACGGCGGCAAGGUCAUUAUGCCGCCCAGCGCCCUGGACAAACUCACUCGGCUCCACAUCACGUAUCCCAUGCUCUUCGAACUACACAAUGGGGCUCGCGAGAGAAUGACUCAUGCUGGAGUGCUGGAGUUCAUCGCCGAAGAAGGGAAGAUCUAUUUACCGUACUGGUUGAUGCAAACUCUCCUUCUCGAGCCCGGUGAUCUCGUUCAGAUCAAGUCGACCGAUCUUCCUCCCGGUCAGUUCAUCAAGCUGCAGGCUCAGUCGACGUCCUUCCUCGAUAUCAGCGACCCUAAAGCCGUACUGGAAAAUGCGUUCCGCAAUUUCUCUUGUCUCACCAAAGGCGACGUGUUUACCUUUGCGUAUAACGACCAGGUGUAUGAGAUGGCUGUGUUGGAAACAAAACCUUCCACCAAUGCGAAGGCCGUCUCGGUUUUGGAGACCGACCUGGAAGUCGACUUCGCACCGCCGGUGGGAUACGAGGAAAUCCAACGCCAGAGCGGCACCAGCACCCCUCGCAGCGGCGUGAGCGGCAAGCUGCCGUCGGGCGGGCUGCUUCAUCCACAAGGGACAAUGGCACAGGCAAUCAACUACGCCGCCAUCGCGCCAGAGUCGACGGAUGCCGCGACAGGUGCGCGAGCGGUGUCGUCAAACUUCCUCGUCGGUGGACACCGUUUGAAUGCCAAAAAGGGCAGCAAAACGCCAACUCCCAAGGCCUCGACGCCCACCCCGGGGGCUAGCAACCCUCAGCAUCCCCCACCGGGCAAAAGAACCAACGGACCGCAGCCGUUGCGCCUCCCGCCUAAUCAAUUGUUCUUUGGAUACGCCAUCAAGCCUGUCAAGAAGCGAGAUGAAAGUGGACAGGUCGUAGAGGAUGAGAAGCCACGCUUCCAAGGCGCCGGACAGACGCUUCGAGGGAAGAAGAAGGACACGGGGGGUUCGGCGACUCCUUCGUAG